AUCAACAAACAUUAUCAUGUUGCGGUACUUGGUGCUUCUCUGCGUGUUGAUAUGGUCUGCACAAGCUUCGAAAGCAGUUCCGAAGAUAGUAGGGGGAACGGAGGCUGCUGAAGGAGAGUUCCCAUACCUGGCUUCACUGAGAGUAUACGACUACCGAAAUGUGCUGACCCAUUUCUGUGGAAGCUCUAUCAUCUCCCAUUGGCUGGUGAUGACUGCAGCCCAUUGCAUGCUAGACUAUCCCAAGGACAGAAUUGAAGUAGUGGUCGGCACAAACGACUUUUGGAGUGGCGAUGCGAAAUACCAAAUCGAUAAAUACAUCAAUCACGAAAACUACAACAAAACUUCACUUGCGAACGACAUAAGUCUAAUUCUAGUUAACAGACGAAUUCAGUUGGGGGAGAAAGUUGGUUUAUCUAAAUUGCCGACAAAGGAUACUCCGGGCGGACUUGAUUUGAUAAUAGCCGGAUUUGGAUAUAUUGACAAUUAUAACACACGUCCUAAAAGAUUGCUAAAGCUGACUGUGAAAUCACUAACAGUAAAAGAAUGUCAAGAGAAACUUAAAAUGUAUGAAAACACGAAUCCAAUCACUGAUAAACAGCUCUGCACAUAUAAAGAUGAUAACCAAGGGACCUGUCAAGGUGAUUCUGGAAGUCCUCUUGUCUAUAAUGGAACUGUAGAUGGAAUAGCAUCCUUCAACGUUCCAUGUGCUAAAGGAGUGCCGGACGGAUUCACCAGGGUUUAUAAGUACCUGGAUUGGAUUACAACGACUGCCGGAAAACUUCCAAUACCUAUUUAAAAUAGUGUUAUUACAGAAACUUUUUCAUUUUUCACAAUUGAUAAGGAAGCUGUUAUUUUUUAAUUGCCUCGACAUUUUAAUAAACCCAUGUUAAAUCGUCUACUCUAUUAUCUUCCCAUGUACCUUUAUUAUUGUAUGAAAAUUACCAGAUCAUCAAUGUAAAUAAUUAUGUGAUUUCUUUUUUACCCACCACUCCUAUUAUUAUUGUCUACUACUCCUUAAUUUUUUUUUAAAUCACACAAAUUUAAGCCGUCACUUAUAAUAAUUAUAGAGGAGGAAAAGAUCUGAAAAGAUCAGCUGGCAUAAACUGGUACUCCAUAGUACAAGACCGACAAAAACGGGCAUCUUUGGAGGAUGGACUCAUAAAUAACUAAAAAGUAAAAACCAACCAAACCUACUAACCAAAAUCAAUGUUUUGGUUACUGUAAAGUAGCAACCAACUAUUGUAAAUCAGAAAAUAAAACGUGCGAACGUAUCUCA